CAGAAAGACAUGACAAGGACCCAUUGUUGUAUGCACAAAGCAUGUAAAGCCAAUUUGAAGUGAAAAACAGAGAGAUGAAGGUGUCUCUGUUUUGGCGCUUUCAUUAAGACUCACACACACUCAUUUAUUUCUUCUACAGUUUCCAUCGCCAUCCUCAGUUUCCUAGAAAACUGUCAACCCAUUUUCUUCACCCUUUCAUCUCUACUCUUCGAUCAUCACCACCACCACCAGCAUUUUCCACUUCUUCCUCUGUUCUGGUUCACCGAAAAUGGGGUUUGUUGGAAGUUUCUUGGGGAUUUUUGGUUUUGCCAUUGGAAUACCCUUUGGCCUCUUGCUGGGGUUCUUUCUCUUUGUUUAUUCAGAGACCAAACAAGUGAAGGACCCAGUUGUGAGACCUAUUAGUGAAUUAGGCCCAAUUGCUCUGCAAGAACUUCUACCUGAGAUUCCUCUGUGGGUGAAGACACCUGAUUAUGAAAGAGUUGAUUGGAUGAACAAGUUUUUAUUGGAUAUGUGGCCUUACUUAGAAAAGGCAAUUUGUGGGAUGAUUAGAACCACAGCACAACCAAUAUUUGCUGAAUACAUUGGAAAGUACCAGAUCAAAGCAAUUGAGUUUGACAAGUUAAGCCUUGGUACUCUUCCUCCUACUAUCUGUGGUAUUAAAGUUUUAGAAACCAAUGAAAAGGAAUUGGUCAUGGAGCAAGUUAUCAAAUGGGCUGGCAAUCCAAACAUAGUGUUGGCUUUGUAUGUGUCAUCUUUGAAGAUCACGGUUCAGUUGACAGACUUACAAAUAUUUGCAACACCGCGGGUAACUUUAAGACCUUUAGUGCCUACAUUUCCAUGUUUUGCAAAGACUGUGGUAUCUUUGAUGGAGAAGCCUCAUGUGGAUUUUGGGAUGGCAAUAUCAGGAGCGGACAUCAUGUCGAUACCUGGUCUUUAUAGAUUUAUUCAGAAAACAAUAAAAAAACAAGUUGCAAGCCUCUAUCUCUGGCCUCAAACCCUGGAAAUUCCCAUUCUUGAUGAAUCAACGGUGGCGAUAAAGAAGCCUGUGGGAAUACUACAUGUGAAUGUGGUUAGGGCACUUAAGCUUUUGAAGAUGGAUUUGCUGGGAACUUCUGAUCCUUAUGUGAAACUAAGCAUGACUGGGGAAAAACUUCCAGCAAAGAAAACCACUGUCAAGAGGAAAAAUUUGAAUCCUGUGUGGAAUGAGAAGUUCAAGCUUAUUGUGAAGGACCCUCAGUCUCAAGUUCUCCAAUUACAAGUCUAUGACUGGGACAAGGUUGGUGGACAUGACAAGCUGGGAAUGCAACUAGUCCCUCUUAAGCUUCUUAAACCCUAUGAGAAUAAAGAGUUUACACUUGAUUUACUCAAGGACACAAAUAUCAAUGAAACUCCAAAUAAGAAGCCAAGAGGGAAAAUUGUGGUGGACUUGACUUUUGUUCCUUUCAGAGAAGAUAGUAUCAAAUUUGGUGGAUCUUCAGAUAGAUAUGAGAGGAAGGAUAGUGGAGUUGAUAGUGUAUCCGAUGACGAAGUCCAAGACGGUGCUGGUUUGCUUUCAGUUGUUAUACAGGAGGCUGACGAGGUUGAAGGAGAACAUCACAACAACCCAUAUGCAGUGCUUACCUUUAGAGGCGAAAAGAAAAGGACAAAGAUGAUGAGGAAAACCCGUCACCCGCGUUGGAAUGAAGAGUUUCAAUUCAUGCUAGAGGAGCCUCCUCUACAUGAGAAAAUACACAUAGAGAUUAUGAGCAAGAGGAAGAGCUUUAGUUUUCUAUCAAAGGAAUCCCUGGGGCAUGUGGAGAUUAACCUGAGUGAUGUAGUGCACAAUGGUCGCAUUAAUGAUAAAUACCAUCUAAUAAAUUCAAGAAAUGGAGUGAUGCAUGUUGAGUUGCGAUGGAAGGUAGUUUGACAUUGACAAACUAAAACCUUUAAUUUGUGGUAUUAUUUUGUUACUCUACUACCUUAGUUGACAAUUAAGCUCAUUAUUUUUUACAAUGUAUCUAAAGAGUGUAGGCACAUCGCAACUGGAUCGGAUCUUCUUGAUCACUGGGAAAAAAAUCUGAACCGUCCAAAAUAUGUUAAAAAAUAUAGGAAAAAUUGAGACCGUCCGAUUUCUGCUUAAC